UGAAUAGGGGCAGCAUGGCGCCGCCCGGCCUCUUACGCUGCUGGCUGGGGCAGAGUCGGGCCAUGAGCCGGUGCGUCUGGGAGCCCCGGCCCCCGGGGAAGCGGUGGCUGGUGGCUGGCCUGGGCAACCCCGGCCUGCCUGGGACGCGGCACAGCGUGGGCAUGGCGGUGCUGGGGCAGCUGGCGCGGCGCCUGGGCGUGGCGGAGAGCUGGGCGCGCGACCCGCGCUGCGCCGCCGACCUCGCCCUGGCGCCGCUUGGGGACGCCCAGCUGGUGCUGCUGAGGCCGCGGCGGCUCAUGAACUGCAACGGGCGCAGCGUGGCCCGGGCCGCCGAGUUGUUCGGGCUCACCGCUGACGAGGUCUACCUGGUGCACGAUGAGCUGGACAAGCCUCUGGGGAAACUGGCCCUCAAGCUGGGCGGCAGCGCCAGGGGCCAUAAUGGAGUCCGCUCUUGCAUCAGCUGCCUCAACUCCAGUGCCAUGCCAAGGCUGCGGGUGGGCAUCGGGCGCCCCGCAAACGCCGACGCCGUGCAGGCCCACGUGCUGGGCAGGUUCUCCCCAGCCGAGCAGGAGCUGCUCCCUCUGCUGCUGGACCGGGCCACCGACCUGCUCCUGGACCACAUCCGAGAGCGGAGCCAGGGACCCGCACUCGGCCCGUGACGCCACAGCCACAGCGGCCUGCCCGGCACCGGCGCCCAUGACCCAGCCCAGGCCACAGAGCUGCCAGGCCCGCUGCGCU